ACUGCUGCCCCAACGACAACCACUCCUGUCCCAACAACUACAACUGCUGCCCCAACAACUACAACUGUUGCCCCAACAACUACAACUGCUGCCCCAACGACUACAACUGAUGCCCCAACAACUACAACUGAUGCCCCAACAACUACAACUGAUGCCCCAACAACUACAUCUGCUGCCCCAACGACUACAACUGAUGCCCCAACAACUACAACUGAUGCCCCAACAACUACAACUCCUGCCCCAACAACUACAACUGAUGCCCCAACAACUACAUCUGCUGCCCCAACGACUACAACUGAUGCCCCAACGACUACAACUGAUGCCCCAACAACUACAACUCCUGAACCAACUACUACAACUGCUGCCCCAACGACUACAACUGCUGCCCCAACGACUACAACUGAUGCCCCAACGACUACAACUGCUGCCCCAACGACUACAUCUGCUGCCCCAACGACUACAACUGCUGCCCCAACGACUACAACUGAUGCCCCAACGACUACAUCUGCUGCCCCAACGACUACAACUGCUGCCCCAACGACUACAACUGCUGCCCCAACGACUACAACUGCUGCCCCAACAACUACAACUGCUGCCCCAACGACUACAUCUGCUGCCCCAACGACUACAACUGAUGCCCCAACAACUACAACUCCUGCCGCAACAACUGCUGCCCCACCGACUACAACUGCUGCCACAACAACUACAACUCCUGUCCCAACAACUACAACUGAUGCCCCAACAACUACAACUGCUGCCCCAACGACUACAACUGCUGCCCCAACGACUACAACUGUUGCCCCAACCACUACAACUCCUGUCCCAACAACUACAACUGAUACCCCAACAACUACAACUGUUGCCCCAACGAAUACAACUGCUGCCCCAACGACUACAACUGCUGCCCCACCGACUACAACUCCUGAACCAACAACUACAACUGUUGCCCCAACGACUACAACUGCUGCCCCAACAACUACAUCUGCUGCCCCAACGACUACAACUGAUGCCUCAACGACUACAACUCCUGUCCCAACAACUACAACUGCUGCCCCAACAACUACAACUGUUGCCCUAACAACUACAACUGAUGCCCCAACAACUACAUCUGCUACCCCAAUGACUACAACUCCUGCCCCAACGACUACAACUGAUGCCCCAACAACUACAACUCCUGUACCAACAACUACAACUCCUGUCCCAACAACUACAACUGCUGCCCCAACAACUACAACUCCUGUCCCAAUAACUAUAACUGCUGCCCCAACAACUACAACUCCUGUCCCAACAACUACAACUGCUGCCCCAACAACUACAACUGCUGCCCCAACGACUACAACUGCUGCCCCAACAACUACAACUCCUGUCCCAACGACUACAACUGAUGCCCCAACAAAUACAACUCCUGCCCCAACAACUACUGCCCCACCGAUUACAACUCCUGAGCCAACUAAUACAACGACUACAACUGCUGCCCCAACAACUACAACUGAUGCCCCAACAACUACAACUGCUGCC